AGCCCCGCGUCCCUUGAGCAAGGCUUGAAGGGACAAGAUGUAGUCAUCAUGCUCCUCCCCCCGGAGUCCACUGUCGACUAUGAAACCGUCAUCGACGCGGCCGUCAGGGCUGGCGUGAAGCGCUUCUUCCCUUCCGAGUACGGCGUCAGGACCUAUCACCCGGAGUUUGCCAACAACGUCUUGCUCGCCACUAAGAAGCGGUCCAUUGAUGUCAUGAGCUGGACCGGUCUCAUGUGUAACCCCUGGGUUGAUUUUUGUGUUGUCGAUGGACUUCUUGGUUUCGACGUUAAAAACCACGAGGCACGCAUCUACAAUGGGGGCGAUGUACCGUUUUCCAUAGGUCUCCGUGACCUGGCGGCCCAGGCCCUCUACGCGCUUCUCACUAACCCAGAGCGGCUGGAAGAAGCAAAGAACAAGUAUAUCCACGUGGCUUCUUAUACCGUGACGCAAAACGAGAUCCUCGCGGUUGUGGAAAAGUUGACCGGUCAGAAGUGGAAG